AUGGGAAAAAUAGGCACUGAUCCCGAAGAAGGGAUAACAAUGUUGUUUGUAUUACCAGAAAUUAAAAAUAUACUGAGGACUGGAUCAACGUUUUUGAUGGAUAGUACAUUUGCUGCUGCUCCAUCAUUUAACCGGGAGUGUCAACAGCUAUAUGUUAUAAUGGGUAUAACAUUCAACACCGGAUUCCCAAUUGCAUUUGCUUUGAUGUCAAGAAAGACAGCGAGGGCUUACAAUGCCUUAUUUAAAUGGCUAUUAGAAAUUGAGCCACAGUGGACACCACAAACAAUUAUUGUAGAUUUUGAGAGAGCUGCAAUGGUGUAA